AUGGCUGCCGCUGGAGCGCUCGGGCGGAUCCUCCCGAAUCUGGGUGGGCCAAGAGGAGUAUGCAGGCGGCUCUACAUAGGUGUGGUCCGCUCUAUGGCGCUUUACGGGGCUCCGAUAUGGGCGGAUACCCUGAGAGCCCGAAACGCGGCCCUACUACGGCGGCCGCAGCGGGCCAUAGCUCUCAGGGCAGCUAGAGCGUACCGCACCGUUUCACACGUAGCAGCCUGUCUUCUGGCUGGGAGCCCGCCCUGGGACCUCGAAGCUGAGGUCCAAUCCAGCGUAUACUGGAGGGUUAUGCGAGCAAGAGCAGAAGAAAACUGGCCUGGACCUCAGGAGGUCCGAAAAUGGAGGGAGGAGGCGCACGACGUCCUCUACCAUAAAUGGACGGAGCGACUUGAAAUCCCGGGAGCUAGCCGGGAUCUAGUUACUGCUGUUCGGCCCGUUCUGAAAAAAUGGGUCGAACGUAAACACGGCACACCCUCCUUCCACCUCACACAGCUGCUGACGGGGCACGGUUGCUUCGGCUGGUACCUGUGUGAGAGGGUAGGACGGGAGCCAACCACAGAGUGUCAUCAUUGUGACGGGAGAGCCGUGGACACGGCCCAGCACACGCGCGAAGAGUGCCCUGCUUGGGCGGAGCAUCGCGCUGUCCUGUCCACGGCUAUGGGAGGAGACCUCUCACUUCCAGCACUAAUUCACCAAAUGGCUGACAGUGAGGAGGCGUGGGUGGCAGUAGCCAACUUCAGUGUCGCAGUGAUGACGCGAAAGGAGGCUGCUGAAAGAAUGCGCGAGGACGACGCCAAUUCUCGAAGAGCCUUCGCAGCCAGAGUGCUGCCGCUACUGCUGCCGCCUUAA